AUGGACGAGGAGGGGCCGGUGGAGAUCGAGGAGCUCUUCGCCCUGCUCAACCAAGGACAAGAAGCCGGCGGCCAGGGUGAAGGUCACGGGCCCAACGGAGAAGGCGCGGUUCGCGAUGGAAGUGACGCCUGCCCCGACCAGAACGUUCCAGCGAUCAACGAGGUGACGUCUUCUGGCAUGUUCGCGCUCGACGGACCGCCAGACGUCGCGGACGUGGAGAAGCUGCAGUUUGCCUGUGACGCUGUUGGUGAAGGUGCCGACGACGGCCGUGCGGGCCCGAGAGCGUGGGUCGGGUCCCUAGCCGGGGGGGUUCGGGGGCGUGGCGACGGUGGUUGUGAGCCAUACAUCCGGGUUUCGCGGGGGGGUGAGUUUACCGAUUCCUUUGAGGCGUCCUUCUUUGCCAGGACGUUCCCGACCCUGUUCCCAUUUGGCGUUGGGGACCAAGGGCUGUCGAGGCAGAGGCGGCCGCGGAGACCCGUAUCGUCUCGAAGCUUGAACCUCCAGGCGUGGGCCGAGAUCGUGCUCCGGCGCCAUGGUGGUCGAUUUGCACUGCACCACAUCUUCACGUUUCUCGUCUUCAAGACGGGGUCGCUCAUCGUCGGAUAUGGCGUGCCGGCCAUCUGGUUCACCAUCAACCCGAACGACAUUACGAACCCGGUGAAGCUGCGACUGGCGGCAUACCGCACACGCGAUCCCGACGCGGCCGAGGAGUUCUUAGAAGGCCUUGGGGAUGCGUAUAAGCGGGCACGGCUGGCGAUAUCGGAUCCCAUGAGCUCGGCCGUGUUCUUCCACCGCGAGAUGAAGCUGUUCUUCGAUCAUUACGUGAAGGUCGGUGAAGAGUCGGUAUUCGGGCGCAUCGGCAAGUACUAUGGCGCCGUGGAGACGAACGAACGAGGGGCGCUUCAUGUUCACGGCUUGCUCUGGCUGCACGGGAACGCGCAUCUCAGCUCGAUGCUUGCCGACAUCCACGGGGAGGAUCAGGCGGCGUAUCGCGAGCGAAUCGUCCGAUACAUCGAUAGCGUCUUCUCAGAGGAUCUGGACCAGGAAAGUUUUGCGCCGUGCAAGCGGCGAUCUGUGACGGGCGGUAUUGGUUCCCUGCUGGACAACGCCGCGCAGUUCUCGGCCGCGUUUAUCGAGGAGGCCAACUUCUGUGCCGGCGCGACGCAGGUGCACACGCAUAGCCCGACCUGUGUGAAGUACUCCUUGGGCAAAGGAGGGCGGAAAGGGGACCUCUGCCGGUUCAAGGCGCCAUGGAGGUUAGUCGACAAGACCGCCCUCACGGCAGACGGGGUGCUGCAGAUCCGGAGGACACACAGCAUGGUCAAUCGAUGGAACGAGGCUAUUGCUGUCGGGCUCCGGCACAACCAUGAUAUUUCCUUCAUUGCGACGCAGCGCAAGACAAUGGCCCUCAUCUAUUAUGUCACGAACUACGCGACCAAGGUGGAGGACCCGGUGUGGAAGCGUGUGGCGGCCGCGGCCGAGCUCCUGGCCGCCUCAACAGGUGAUGGCACGGCCAACGGAGGGCGGGACGGUGGCGGAGACGCUGCCACCGAUGACCCUGUCAAGGGGAACAGGACGCGACAGUUCCUGAUGAGAGUGGCGAACCGCGUGUUCACGGAGCGUCCGCUAUCACAGGUCGAGGUCGUCGCUCACCUUCUCGGAUAUCCGGCCGAGUUCACCGACAGCAGCGCGUGGGCGUACCUGAACUGUUCUCUGCUGUACUGGGAAGUCUUUCGGCGAUGGCGGCAUCUCCGAGAAGCCAGUGGCGCUGCGGCUACGGAUGACACCUUGGAUGAGUCGGUGCUCAGGCGGCCGGGCAAGCACGCUACCGCCUGCCUCGACGGCUACCUGAGCAAGGACUUCACCUACGAUGACGAGUCGUGCUACCGGAGGGCAGCCGUGCAGCAUCUUGCGCUGUUCGUGCCGUGGAGUCCUUCCUGGGCGAAGGAACAGCUGCUUCGACGAUCCGCCGAAGACGCAAAACGCGACGCCAAGCAAUGGGCAGCCUCGUCCGGCGAUGGCGACCCGACGGUCGCACACGUCGAGGAGGGUGGAGCAGGCGAGGCGGGCGCGGAGUCUGCAGCGACAUAUCAGCCCAACAGCAUCGGAGACGCAACGCGGCUCAUCGACGUCGUCCGAGGUGCAGUGGGAGCGAAUCAGGUGACGGCCAAGUCGCCGGAGCUCAUGGCAAUGAUACAGCAGCUCUGUCGGUUUCAGCAAUCGGCGCUGCGCUCGACGGCCGAGCUCGAGGCCACGGCGCUGAUCGAACGAGGAGAGGCGGUUAAGCAUGCCAGGGCGGGUAUUUUCCGGGGCCGCACUACCGCCGCAGGAUCAGGUCAAGGCUAUCAAGUCGCAGCAGUCCAUCGCUUUUCUGAUAAUAUGCCGCCAGCUCGAUUUGAUGCAGCAGACCGACGGGGCGAUGCCUGCCAGCUGCGCCAGUUCGCGGAGCGGUUCAUCCACGGCCAGUCUCGAAUGGAUUGGCAGGAGAAGGAUGUGCUCGUCAUCGACGAGGUGAGCAUGCUCGGGGCGCGGACGCUGCACGCCGUGAACGAGCGGCUUCGCCGGCUUCGCGGAUCGCGGCAAGAUUUCGGGGGGAUCCCCAUCGUCCUCUUCUGCGGAGAUUUUCAGCAGUUCCGGCCGGUCCAAGAGAGGUCGAUCGUCCUGCCUAGCGCGGCCAUCUCGUGGGACGUAGACAACUCGUUCAAGGCCGAGCAGCGUCACCAGCACGACAAAGCGCACGCACUGUGGAAGAGGUUCACGACGGUCGUCAUGCUGGACGAGCAGAUGCGCGCCGCCGGCGACCCGGAGCUGCAGAGGCUGCUGAAGCGGAUCCGUCUAGGCGUGCAGGAUCGGACGGAUCUAAACCUCCUCAACUCAAGGAAUCGGUGGAACCUGAACAUGGAGGCGAGCCUGGCGUUCCGGGUCCAGCAGCGGUCGACGAUGCGCAUUUUCAUCUCCGAGCACAAGUGGAAGGAGGAGCUGCCGACGGAGGAAGAGGCGAUCAUGAUACUCAACCAGGGCGACGAUAGCGCGAUCCCGGUGCCGGCCGUCUUCAUGUUCGUGGCCGGGAUGCCCAUCGUCGUGAACCACAACACCCACCAGGGGCUGAAGCUAGUGAACGGCGCGAGCUACUCGGCGGUGGAGGUCAUUGUCGACAAGGCGUACCGGGGCAUCGGAUCUCGGCCGAUAUGA